UAUGCUUAAUUACAUGUUGCAACACACUAUUGCGACGACAGACGAUAACGACAAAGAAAAUAAGUAGACACAUACACGCUCUUUAUAUUUUCCUGUCAUCAGGCCCCACCAUCAUACCUUUGUUCUUUUGGCUAUUUUCUCCUGCUCUCCCUCUCUCUGUCUCCGACCUUUUUUGAACUUUUUGCUCACAAGACGAAAAGAAAAAACCCCCAAUGGCCGAUCACUUGGGCGAAUCGACGAUAAUGACAUGUUCUGUACCGAGUUGCAACCAGCAGUGUAUAUUAUUAUUACUAUUUUUUUUUGUUGCUGUCAAACCCUUUUUUUUUGCGUAUUUAAAAAAAGAACGCCUGACGUUGGGUUACCACACCUUCUCUUUCACCCCCUUUUUUCCUUUAACACACAACUCUUUUUUUUUUAACUUCUUAGUUCCUAAGGAAAUGCAGCUUUACCACAUGGAAGCUCGUCAUCCUGAUCGUCGAACGACGGCGACGGCAACGACAUCGACGACAGCAACCACAGUAGAGAACAGUAAACCCUUGCAAGGAAUAUCAGCAUUAAAGGUAGGCCAGCAACAGCCUUUGCAGUGCCAAGAAGGUAACGAACGGUGUAAAGCGAUUAAAAGAAGAAGAAGAAGAAGAAAGUGGGAAGGAGGAUGGCUCUACUACUACUUCAACAACACCAACAACAACGGACACAGCGCCAAGAAGAGAUUAUGCACGUGCUCAUGUUAAUGCUGACGACGAGUUAUGGCAAAUUCUGUCUGCACUUAAAGAAGAAAGCCGAACACCAGGUGUCAUACCGCGAUUGGAGCCUCAGUUCACGAGUAUGAAUCGGAAAGGCAACACGGUGGCUGCAUAUCUCUGCAGCCCAUACACUGACCAUAUUGCCACUGGCUUUAUGGAUCUGGGAUGGGGCUG